UCUCUCUGUGUGAAAUUCGAAGAGAUCCGAAGGCGGCCGGCGAGGAGAGAGAAAGGGACGGCGGGAGCGAUGGUGAGCAAGACGGAGGAGGCGCAAUUGAACAGGCUGGAGAGCCAGGUGGACAACGGAGGAGGAGGAGCGUGGGAGUAUCUGUGCCUGGUGAGGAAGCUGAAGGUGCGGCGGUCGGAGAAGGUUUUGAAGUACGGCAUGUCGAUCUUGAACGACCUCAGUAAACGAUCCAGUCUUGGAGCCGAAGUAUGGACUCUAUAUGAGCAGGUUGCAGUUGCAGCCAUGGACUGCCAAAGUCUUGAUGUUGCAAAGGACCUCCUCAGGCUUUUACGAAAGGAAUUUCCAGAGAGUAAAAGAGUUGGCAAGCUGGAAGCUAUGUUGCUUGAGGCAAAGGGAUCCUGGGCAGAGGCGGAGAAGGCUUAUUCAAGCUUAUUAGAAGAUAGUCCACUUGAUCAAGUAAUACAUAAGAGAAGGGUUGCUAUGGCGAAGGCUCAAGGCGAUACUUCAGGGGCCAUUGAAUGGCUUAAUAAAUAUCUUGAAAUAUUUAUGGCCGAUAAUGAUGCUUGGAGAGAGCUGGCAGAGAUCUAUAUCUCAUUGCAAAUGUACAAGCAAGCUGCGUUCUGCUAUGAGGAGUUGAUAUUAGCACAACCUACUGUUCCCCUCUACCACUUGGCUUAUGCUGAUAUCCUUUACACACUUGGUGGAUUAGAAAACAUACAAACAGCAAAGAAAUACUACGCAUCUGUUAUAGACUUGACCGGGGGCAAGAAUAUUAGAGCACUAUUUGGUAUCAGCUUGUGUACUUCUGCCAUCGGACAGCUUGCGAAAGGAAAGAACAAGGAAGACAAGGAGACCCCAGAGCUGCAGUCACUGGUGGCAACGGCCUUGGAGAAAGACUACAAGGAAAGAGCUCCGGAGAAGCUUUCUCUGCUUACUACUGCCUUAAAAUCCUUGAAAGUUUCAUCAUAACAACUUAGUCAUUGAAGCAUCCAGCUAAGUGCCCCCACUCCAACAGCAAAAGAUGGCGAUUUGGUGCCAAAAGGCUCUGAAAUACAUGGACUUCAUAUCAUAGUUGUGUUAUAUGAUUUGUUUCCCCUAUUUGUUAUGUCCUUUUUCCAGACCCUUAGGACGCCGUAGUGGCUAACCAGGAAUGUAUGAGUAAACUUGUUUCGUUUCUCAGUUGCUUUCAUAUCUGCUCCUACCUUCCUUCUUCUGGAUUAGGAGUACAUUGCUGCUAAAUUAAAUUUUUAUACAGUUGUAGCAUGGUCCGAGCUACUCC